GUUUGAAGCAUUAAGUAUUGUUCCAUGCUUUCUCCAUUGCCAUCUUCAACCACCAAAUAGGAGGGAAACAGGCAAAAGCUCUUCCUCUCCUCCCUCUCAACAGCGAUUCAGGAAGCCAUCAAACUUGGCCAUCUUGAUACUACUUCAGCCAUGGUUCAGAUCAAGGAGUUCCGGAUCGUCAUGCCUAUGUCCAUGGAAGAGUACGAAAUAGGGAUCAGCUAUACUAUCAUGAAGAUGGAGCAGCAAAACACAAACAGCAAAGAGGGUGUAGAGGUACUGCAGCAGGUUCCAUUUGAGGAUGAGCAGCUUGGCAAGGGCCAAUUCAGAUCAAAAGUUUAUCAUUUGCAGAGCAAAAUUCCAUCUUGGAUGAAGGGCUUUGCGCCCGCCAGUGCUCUCACAGUGCAUAAUGACUCGUGGUGUGCAUUUCCAAAGAGCAGAACAGUGACCAAGUGCCCACUUUUCAGCAAGUGUUCAUUGACCAUCGACACCGUAAAUAGGCCUGACAAUGGUUGCUCCGAAAAUGCGCAUAAUUUGACCACUGAGCAAUUAGCUGCAAGAGAAGUCGAGAUCAUCGACAUCGCAUCUAUAUCGCGAGACUACUGGAGUAAGGUUAUCAGUGCUCCAAACAUCAACCUGACAACCUUCAAGUCACAAAGAACAGAGCGAGGCCCUCUUCUAAAGGGAUGGAUGGAUUCGUGCCGUCCGGUAAUGACCACAUACAAGCUGGUGAUCAUGGACGCUCCUAUCUGGGGCUUGGGCGAACGGCUCGAAGACUGCAUCAUUACGGGGGAGAGGGCGCUGUUCUUGGCGUGCCACCGGCUGUGCUUCGCGUGGAUCGACGAGUGGUACGGCAUGACCGUGGAGCAGAUCCGACAGAUGGAGCGGCAGACUGACAUGCUGCUCAAGAAGACGCUGAAAAAGCCUGGGAAGGCCGGGAGCAAGCACGAGGGCAAGAGGAAGACUCUCAAAGAUGAGAUCGCGGUUGUGGGGAGCUGCACUUAGUGCUCCUUUCAUGCGAUGAUCCAUUUGAUUCGGGUGGCUUGGCUGAAUCAUACUAGAUGCGAUAUCUUAGGCCUGACGGCAUCAGCGCAGCGAGGUCGCAUAAAUCCGAUGCGCUGUAAAUGGGAUAGUUUAGAUUGCUCCAAACAAAAAUGGGAUAGUUUAGGCGUGUCUUGAAAUCUGGCAAAAUUACGGACUGUACAUAUGCAUCCACGGACGAUGCUGUCUGUCUGUGUACACUCUAAGGCAUUCAUGGACGGCCUUAAACCUAAAAUAUCGAAUAUCCAAAUGAUUCUUCAGAUCCAAAA